UUUGACAAGUUCCUCUCAGUUUCCCUGCUGGUCCCAAACUUGGAUUUCAACUUUACCAGACAGUGAUUUCUACAAGUGGCGCAGAAAGUCCCUCUGGGCCCGCUUCUGUCUCUUUGUAACUUCCCAGCAACACUCCCUGAUAAUGGGUGACUGGAGUGCCCUGGGUCGUCUGUUGGACAAGGUCCAGGCUUACUCUACUGCUGGGGGGAAGGUCUGGCUGUCGGUUCUCUUCAUAUUCCGGAUUCUCGUUCUGGGUACUGCAGUGGAAUCAGCCUGGGGAGACGAGCAGUCUGCCUUCAAAUGCAACACCCAGCAGCCCGGUUGUGAGAAUGUCUGCUAUGACAAAUCCUUCCCCAUCUCCCACGUUCGCUUCUGGGUCCUUCAGAUCAUCUUUGUGUCGACGCCCACACUCCUCUACCUGGCUCAUGUCUUCUAUCUGCACAGGAAGGAACAGAAAUUCAACAGGAAAGAGGAGGAGCUUAAAGCUGUGCAAAAUGAUGGAGGUGAUGUUGACAUCCCACUGAAGAAAAUUGAGAUGAAAAAGCUUAAGUAUGGCAUAGAGGAGCAUGGCAAAGUGAAGAUGAAGGGGGCCCUUCUCAGAACCUAUAUAGUCAGCAUUUUCUUCAAGUCUCUGUUUGAGGUGGGGUUCCUGGUUAUCCAGUGGUACAUGUAUGGCUUUAGCCUGUCUGCCGUCUACACCUGUGAGAGGUCCCCAUGCCCACAUAGAGUGGACUGUUUCCUGUCCCGUCCCACAGAGAAGACCGUCUUCAUCAUCUUCAUGCUGGUGGUCUCACUGGUGUCCCUGUUGCUCAAUGUGAUUGAGCUUUUCUAUGUGUUUUUUAAGAGGAUCAAAGAUCGUGUGAAGGGCAAACAGCCGCCCACACUGUACCCCAGUGGAGGCACCUUGAGCCCCACCCCUAAAGAACUAUCCACUGCCAAGUACGCCUACUAUAAUGGAUGCUCCUCUCCGACUGCCCCACUCUCUCCCAUGUCACCCCCAGGCUAUAAACUAGCCACAGGGGAGCGGGGAACUGGCUCAUGCCGAAAUUAUAAUAAGCAGGCCAAUGAGCAGAACUGGGCCAACUACUCCACAGAGCAGAAUCGCCUCGGCCAGAAUGGUGGAGGAAGCACUAUUUCAAACUCCCACGCACAAGCCUUUGACUUCCCGGAUGAUACCCACGAGCAUAAGAAACUCUCCUCAUCAGCAGGACACGAGCUGCAGCCACUGGCAUUGAUGGACGCCAGGCCCUGUAGCCGGGCCAGCAGCCGAAUGAGCAGCCGAGCCAGGCCCGAUGACCUGGACGUGUAAGCCCUGGUUCCUUUUCCCACUGCUGCCUGGCUAAUGGGAUGUUUCCAUAGAGUCCGGAAACUCUCGAUUCAUAUAAGAAGUGGGGCUAACCUCAAUCACUGUCUUCAGCAUAGAGACUCUUAGUCAGUCAAAGAGACAUUAAAACUUGUUAUAUAACACUGUCAGAGGUACAAGUUGCAAAUAUUAUGUUUUUAUUAUAACUUUUUAGUGGAGCUAACCCAGCUUUAGGAAAACAGAACAGCCACAGAAAGGUGCAAGCAUUGCCCCUUAAACCAGUUCAAGAACAGGAGAGAAAGUGACUAAUUGAUGGUUAUGGUUUAACUAAUAACUAAUAAUUUUAAUUAGCCAAGCUUAUAUCAGAGGAAAAGUCUGUUUUCUUCUUAUUUUCAGUUCAGUUUCAGCUUAGUUUCUUCUACUCUUGCUAUUUGUGACAGCAUUUUAUUUACUACUGUCAGAUCUGAAGCUAUGGUGAUAGCUUUACAAUAGCAUGCCUUCUUAGUUGUAUCUUUUAAACAUCUGACCAGAUAAAACAUUUGUCUUUACCACUUUAUAUGCACAGAUUUGCAUACACACUGCUAAAAGAAUAUGGUUUGAGGAAUUGGUUAUCAAUGUGUCCACAAUGCGUUUUGUAUGUAUUCACAUUUGUACUUAGAGCUGUCCACUUUUGAUUGUCUCACCCAAGAUGUUUGUCAGUACCAGGGGCAGGUCCUGGGAGAGGACAGUCAUUACAAGUAUGAAGGCAACAAGCUCUUGUCAGGAACACAUAAAUUAUAUUUGUUGUUUGAACAAAUGAACAAAGACUUUAUGUGUGAAUCAACAUCACUAAUGCAUAUUUUACUGUUUUCACUCAGCCUAUCCCACUUCCAAAAUAAAAAUCACAGUUUCGUCUCGGUCACAAGAAAGACAGGAGUUAUUGUCCAGGGCCGUCGCAUAGACAAAGCAACGACCACUUGGCACAAAUGAUAUUGAGAAUGCCCAAUAUCAGUUGUAGUGAAUAUUUAUGGCUUGUCAUCUGUAGGACACCUACCACUAAGAGGAAAAAUUGACUACUAUUCAGUAUCUCUUACUCGCAGAAAACAUCUUACAUGAACUCCCCGCAAACUGUAUAUUUAUUGACGGUAAAAACAUUAUUUUUCUUAAUUAACAUUUUCAGUCAGUGUGGACUGUUGUUUCCUGAUAAACUUUGAAUUUAUGUGGUAUUAUGUUAUAAUUUGUGGUUUUAUUUGUCUUUUUGGGGUGUGUGUGAGAGUGGCAGGGCUGAGGGUUCAGGCUGUUGUGACAGCAAACUGAUCUGCUUUUAUAUGGGUCCAUAAAGAAAGGCUUUAUUGCUGUCAUUAAUUCGACAAGUGUGUUCUCUUUUUUCAUCUUUUGUGGGCGGUAGAGAAAUACAUUAGAAUGAUUAUCUGUGUUUUACAUAUUUGAAUGAAUGAUUUUUUGUUCUGUAGGUAUUGUUUUGUUUUUUAGACUCGAUGUAACCGCUGCUUGAGAAAUAGAUAUUUAGUACUGUAAAUCAAGCUAACUGUGUCACGAUAAAAAUGUGAGUUUUUAGAGGACUGCUUAUAGAUCUGGACUAAUAUUUAGUCAGUUAUAUUAAAACGUAUGCCAAUGUAGCUCUACAACCACCAAACAGUAGGAUAAAUCUCAAUUUGGCUGUUUUUUUUUUUAUUGUAAUUUUUUACAUUUUUAUUUCUGCAUCAUUUUGUUGGUACUUACAUGUGUCAUGGAUCUUUCAGCUACAAUGGCAUUUGCACUGAGAUCUUGGUGAUAGAGAUGUAAUAUGAUGCACACAGUAAGUGGUAAGAGUUUUCUGAUACACAUGUUACUAAUUUAUUUUAUAACACAGAAAUCACUACAGUGCAUAAUAUCAGACAUCUGACCACUGGUUUCAUUGACUGGUUCUGUGAGAGAUGUCUUCUAUUGACAGAACAGGAGCAAUAGUCAUUUGUUGCAGUUAUUCAGACAAUGCAAACCCACGGGGAUCCACUGUUGUACAGUGUAAGUACAUGAUAGCAAAACAAAAACUCAUUCAUUGUAUCUGUGAAAAGCUAUUUUAACCAAUAAAUAUUUUUCUGUCUUA